AUGCCAAUCCCUGGUCCGAUUGUCGGAGGCCGCCGUUAUGCUAUGCUGGGUUUCGCAGAAAUCAAGCAACAGAAAAAAGACAACGAACAUAUUAAGCCGUGUUAUGCAAGCGGAAUUAUCAUUUCUUCCCAGCCUAAUUCGACGGGUCAUAUUUGCGGUAGUUCCGGAGGAGUAGCUGGACUGAGUGGUGGCCCUGUUUUCGAUUUGUCUUGCAAUCACCUUAUUGGCAUUUGCGUUUCGACGGACGAUUUGGAUGACCGCGAGACGUCGUUUGGUCGUUUUUCCUCUGAUAUGAUUAAUUAUUGCAAAGAAAUUACAAUCGUUCGAAUCAUGCCGGUUGAAGGCGCUGCUCUCCUGCUGCAUUCUGCUAUUAAACCCGAAAAGCAGUUGAAGCGACGUUUG